CCGCCGCCAGUUUGCCCCUCCUCGAUUUCUUCCCUGCCCUCCACCUGCCCAACCAGCCACAUCCUCAUCGGGAUCCCUCCCGAUCCGCCCAACCAGAUCAGCCGCCUUGCGGCGGCCUCGCCCUCGAGCUCCAACGGGAUCCGCGCGCCCUGGAUCCCCUGCUUCGAGCACCUCCUGGAGCCCGACCAUGCGCGCCCUCAAGCCCCUGCCCCGACCACGAGAUAAGCCCCGCUGCCCUUGUCCUCCUCCUGUGGUUUCUCUGCCUUCCUCGUCCUCCUCCCUCUGUUGUCUCUCCUAGCCACUCACCCUCUCCUGUUCCUCUCUGUCAGGAGACGCCAUGGCCGCCCCUUGGUGCUUCGCUUCGCGCCCGGCCAUCAUCCUCAACGCUGGCGAGUUCCUGUUGCAUCACCGUCGCCCGUACGGGACCUCGUCUGCCUCCCCUGCAUCACGCCUCAUCGCCGGGAGCUCUCGCCAAGUCCGCCUUCCGUCGACCACAGCCCAGCCACUCCCAGUCCACAUGGCGUCCCGUCCGCACCGUCCCACGCCGGACCUCGCCGAAAACUCGUCGUCGGCCUUCCCUGCCUCGGCCAAGUGGGGAUUCGGCGCCUCGCCGCCCGGAUCCAGCCGUCUCCGCGUCGUCCGCGCCACCAACCCUGCCUCGCUCGCGCCCCGGUCCAGCCGCUGCUGCCCUCCCAACCUCCGCCUGUCCCGCGAUCCUGCUGAAGCCGCGCCAAGUUUUGUCGCUGCUCUGCAUCACUGCAUGCAGCUGAUCUAGUGGCGUCCCAGCGCCCGCGUGUGCGCAAGGCUUGGGGCGCCCAGCUCCUUCCGCUUACCCAGCCAGCCAAGGGCCAGCAUCGCCAUGGCCGCCGGCCUCUGCUUUUCCCACUGUGAGAACGUCCUCCAUAACUGAAGCUUCGUUCUGUUCCUAGAUCCGUUCUGGCAUAUAGGUUAUUUAGAGUUGUCACUAUGUUACACUACAAGUAGAUCAGCUCGCCUACUGGUUGUUCCCUCGAAGCCACAUCAGGAGGUACUGGGUUCGAGUCCCAGGCGGCCCUGUUUCUGCUGCGGUAUGCUGCAAUCCGACCUGUGCGUGUUUUUUUCCUGUUCCCGCGAAUUUAGCAUUAUUCCAGAGAUUUUCUGUUUUGCAAAUGGUAUAAAUGAUUUAAAUAUGUAAAAUGCUUAGAAUUUCAUCUAGUUUCAUAAUAUGCUGCUUUCAUGCAUGU